UGUGGAAAGUUCGCCGGUCCGGGUGCAAAGUUUCAGCCGUCUGCAGACGAGCAACGGAAAACGGACUGUAUAACCGGACCGAACCCGAUCCCCAGUGCUCAUUGCACACGGAGCAACGCAUCGCUUACAGUCUGUCGGUCGGGAACGAGUUCAGUUAUGGGAUAUUAAUCCAAAAGAGGACCGUGUUCGUUUAAAGCUUUGUUUUGUGCUCUGCUCUCGGUGGAAUCAUGGCCUGCGGACAAAACCGGCUUCGCCUGCUGUGCAUGCUGUCGCUAACCUUCGGCUUCUUCAUCGUGGAGGUGGUGGUGAGCCGGAUCACGUCCUCUCUAGCGAUGCUGUCGGACUCCUUCCACAUGCUGUCGGACGUGAUCGCGCUAGUCGUGGCGCUGGUAGCGGUGCGCUUCGCUGAGCAGACCCAGUCCACCAACAAGAACACGUUCGGCUGGAUCCGGGCCGAGGUGAUGGGCGCGCUUGUCAACGCCGUGUUCCUCACCGCGCUGUGCUUCACCAUCAUCCUGGAGGCCAUCGAGCGCUUCACGGAGCCCCAUGAGAUCGAUAGACCCGACGUGGUGAUCGGGGUGGGGGCUGCGGGGCUGCUGGUCAACCUGCUCGGGCUCUGUCUCUUUCACGGCCACGCCGGAGGCGGCGGACACGGACACAGCCACGGGGGACACAAAAAACACAAGAACGGGAAGGUCCGUCGAUGCGAGACGCUGGAGGACAGUCGGUCCACGGGGGAGGAGACCAAUAAUCUGGUCGGGAAUCACAACAACAGCCCGAAUGGCGUUAAUCCGGAGCGUAAAUCGGAGAUGUGUAAUAGCGACAACGUGGAUUUGCAAUUUAACGGCAGCGCUCCGUACGAAGAGCUCGAGAAUGGACACGACUCCGCAUCCCAGCUCAACAUGCGGGGUGUUUUCCUGCACGUCCUGGGAGACGCUCUUGGUUCGGUCAUCGUGGUGAUCAAUGCCAUCAUCUUCAUUUUUGUAUGGACGCCAUGCGAGGAGGGCACUGUCUGCGAGAACCCUUGUGUGGGCCAUUAUUGUGCAGACCACUCGCUCAACAUCAGCAGUGCUGGAACCAACGUAACGUCCACCGCGGGACCCUGCUGGGUGCUCUACCUCGACCCCACGCUCUGCAUCAUUAUGGUCUGUAUCCUCCUCUACACCACGUACCCGUUGCUGAAGGAGUCUGCACUCAUCCUGCUACAGACCGUCCCCAAGCAAAUCGACAUGCAUCAACUCAACUCUCGCCUGCGGGACUUGGACGGCGUGUUGGCGGUGCACGAGCUGCACAUCUGGCAGCUGGCGGGCAGUCGCAUCAUCGCCACCGCGCACAUCAAAUGCCAGGACCCGACGUCCUACAUGGACGUGGCCAAGCGGAUCAAGGACUUCUUCCACAACGAGGGCAUCCACGCCACGACCAUUCAACCGGAAUUCGUAACGAUGAACUCCGAGUCUCGCACGUCGCUUUGCGAGCUCUCCUGUAGAACACAGUGCGCCCCGAAGCUCUGCUGUGGCGCAAUCGACGCCGCGAAACCUCCCGACGGAGUUUUAGAGCCGAAGAAACUGUGCGACUCCAAGACCCCAACGAUACCUAGUGCUUCUGCCACAUCUCUGGAGAUCAUCAGCGAGUCCGUGGAGGACACAAGCAAAGCGGAAUCCGUCGUGAUCAUCACUAGGGAGGUGGAGUCGUCGUUGUGAGCAAACAGCGGGUUAGACAGAGAACAUUCGGUUCUGUUAAGGGUACCAAUGUGUUUUGGAUCAGCUGAAUGAUGUAUACCAUGCUGUGAGAAGAACUGAACCCCAUGACAACACGUGCACCACACAGCCCUCUGAUACACAUAUUGACUAUUUAAAUCGGCUGGAGAGCAAGGCUGGCCUCCUCUGCAUGUGUGUUUACCGCAUCGUCUGAUUGGUGUGUCUGUGCCAAAGCUUGUCUUCGUACAGGACGUCAGACUCUGGUGUCCUUCCUGUGGAGGUAAUGCAACGAUGUUCGGCUGCUGGACCAAGUAGAAAUUUCUGGACCAGUUUUGUUUUUUUCUUUCUUACCCAUCUGUUUUCUGUUUUAUAUUUCACAAAUUCAAACUUUAUAUUGUUUUGUUUUCUUAGUUAACUUUUCAAUUUUGUGAGAGAUGUAAUAAUUUAUGUAUUUAAGUUAUUGGUAAUUAAGUUUUUUUUUAAGAGCCUUUUGUAAGAUUUAGAUUUGGUGAUAUUAGGAGGUAAACAAAAACAAACAAAUGAUCUAUGCUUUAACCGAGAGUAUUUUUAGAUGUUUUUUAAAGAUUGCUGUUGAAUCCUUCACUCUAUUUAGAUGAUCUGAAGAUGUUUCCACUGUACUUCACCAUGCCUAUAUUUCAAACUGCUGUGUAAUAGCACUGAAACUAGUCAGUGUAGGAACUAGACAACCUUCUCUUAUUGUUUUUUUUUAUUAUUAUUAUUAUUAUUUUUAAUAUAUAUACGAGCUGAUGCCUUGUUUGUUGUGCUCUGUCAAUCUAAACACAAGGUGGAAAUGCUGUAAAAAAAUAUGUUUUUGUUGUGGAACUGCGAGAGGAGGACUGAUAUUUUGUUAAUGCUGUCGUAAAACUGAAGGGAAGUCCUCUGAAUUGUGGAAAGCACUCGUUUGGCAAAUGUGCAUGACCAAAUAAAUUGUGGUUAUAGAAACCUUACAGAAACCAAGCAACAUUGUAAACCAAAAGACAAGCGGGUUGCUGUCUGAAAUACAGAGGGAAUAGGCACGUAGGUUUGGGUUGAACAUAUCAUUUGGGAUGCCGCACAAUCUACUCAGUGGCCUUCAUUGGGAGGGAAAAGCAGAAUAUCAACACUUCACAACACUAUUUAAAGUUGCCAUUUUUAGCAUUUGGUAAAAAAAAAUAUGCAAUUUGUGAAAAUGUAUUAGGACUUUAUUAUUAGUUUAGUGACUUUCUAUAAAGUCUGUAGAGGAAAGAUGAGCUCAGUAUAAAAGUGCAGAUGAAGUGUUUGUAUCAAUUAGGAUUUUAAAAGUACCAUGCCAGCUGAAAUGUUUUUUUUAUAUGUAUAUAUUACUGUCAAAUGUGUCAUUGUGAAUUAAACAUGCUUGUUUGGUACGGUUCA